GUAAGCCUGAUUUUCAUCUAAUUAAAAAACGGUGAAUAACGUUAAAUUAUGGCUAAAUUGGUCGAAGUUUGGCGAGGUGAUAACCCGGUCAUUUUGACGCGCAGGCAACUACCGCUAAUCAUCGAUGAAAAUCUUACGAUGAUAAUGGAUGUAAAUGGUUUGGGUGCAGUAUGCGAUGGUCCACUAGUCAGGGGCAAGCAGCUGGAUGAAUUUUCGAGAAAAUUAAACAUGCUGACUAAAGAAGAAACCAAAGCCUCUUUUGAAGUCACUUGCAAAGACAUGCUUGCCAUUCUAGGCCAAGCAGUGCCUUGUGUUGGUUGUAGAAGGAGCGUGGAAAGACUCUUCUAUGAUCUAAUGAAGUCAGGACACCCAGCACUUGAUCCUCUGGUAAUAACACCAGAUGGACUUCUUACUAUAAGAGAUGAGGUCUUAGAAUCGCCACAACUUUUGUGUACAAUGCUGCAAGGGCAUAAUGCCCGUUUAAACAGCUUGGUAGAUCGUCAGCCCCGUAGCAAAAAAUCCAGGAGAUGUGCUCUGCACUCUCUAGAGGUACAGCGAAUGCGUCCACCUCCAGGUGCUUGGAGAGAUGUCUGGGAAUGUAUGCGAACUACUUGCCGGCAAGAAGUUGCUCUUGUGGAAAACGACACCCUUGAUGCUACUCUGGAUACAUAUUUACGAAAACAUAGAUUUUGUAGCGAAUGCCGUACCAAAGUAUUGCUUGCAUCAUCUCUACUGACGACUGAAGCUGAUCCUACUAAAGAAAAAGGCUAUGUAGCAGCUUUGUAUGCUGGAAUCAGGAGAUGCAUUCCUGAAAGACACGUACAUUUGCAGACCAAUACCGAUUACAUUAGUAAUCUAAUUGGAAGAGCACAGCCUGAGCUGAUGGGCAGAGAGCGGCAUGCAAAGACAUUGGAAAUUGCCCAAGAAGAGGUGCUCACUUGUCUUGGGAUUUGUGUGGCAGAACGAUUACAUCGUGUGCACCGACGCUUGAGAGAAGAAGAAACUGUGUGUAAAGUUCUCGCUGCUGUUGCAGUUGAUGCGCUAUCCAGGAAUUUCCAGAUGGCAGUCGAAGUUAAGCAAGGAAUUACACAGCUAGAACUACUUUAUGAGGAACUGACGCGAGAAGAACUUGCCAAACAACAGCGGCGUGAAAAGCUUCGCUUGAAACGUAAGAAGAAAAAGGAGCGCCGUUACGAAACAGAGGAGAAAGAAAAUACGUGCGAAUGCCCAAAAGAUAAGUACGGACCAGGCAGUGAAACCUCUUGUGCAUGUGUCGACUUAAAAUCAACUACGCAAAACAUUGAUCGACACAAGUUGCAGGUGUUAGAUCCAAAGAAUAAAGGCCCUCCAACUUGUAAAUGUCCUGACUGUCUGAAAAAGUCUCAGGGUAUUGGCAAAGUGCAGCCUCAAACAGCAACAUUCCCUAACAAGAAGUCUUCCAUGCCACAGACAAGUUCAGCUAAAACAGGAACUACAGACUCAAAAUCAAUGAAUGAGUCAAAUCUAGGCUCCGCAGGACAUGUAGACGAAGGGUACAAACCUUGUCCACAUUGUAGAGAGUUUAUGAAACAAGAUGAUGAAGGAUACUGGUACUACCCAAGGGAGUUUUUCGAUGGAAGUUCAAAGGAAUUCAUGGAUGAGUUAAUGAAUCGACAUUCAAACAAGCUGGCAAUGUGGUUGGAAAUGAAAAAACAAUAUACUGACGCAGUCGCAGCUUUCACUACCGGGCGUUCUUCGAGUGAACAGUCGUCUCAAGACUGUGGGUAUUCGUCCGAACACAACGUCAGCAGUUCCUCACUACCCAGUACUCCGGAGGGAUCUGAAGUUGCCUGCAGUGACAGUUGCUGUAAUCGCGAAGGGGAUUGUCACGAUAUCAGACCCUCCGAAAAGCUGGCGCAUUCCAGUUCUAGUAUCUCUCUUCUGAGUGAACGUGGUGGUGGGCUUACGCUAAUGCAGAUGCUUGAGGAUUCCUAUUCCUCGGAGGAUGAGAGUAAAGAGGAAAGUUACAUACCUGCUGAAGAAGUACAAGAGUUUAAAUCACGGAUGUGCCAAGUUCUUGAGAAACGUCAAGAGUUGAGGCAGACCUUGAAAAAGAGAUUUGCGAUACUUUGUAGCCAUCAUCGACCAUUUACUAUUCCUCAUUGAAAAUUCCUAUUGGGUAUAGUUACUUACUAGGAUCAGCCUAGGAAAUGAGAUAUUUUCGUUGUUUCUAUCAUGAUUAUGUUUUUUCUACGUUAAUUUACUGCCGUGCGGAGAGACACGCGAAUACUAUUAUUUACAUUUCAAGAUUCUUUGUCUCAGACAUAUUUAUGUCCCCGAUAUGGGAUUGAUUUCACACGAUUAAUGAAUCACGGAUAAUCGUGAAUUGAUCAUUGUGAUUGUAACCAAAUUUGUCCCCAGCUCACGAAAUAUACAUAUAUUCAUGGACCUUUGAUGAAAACAAAAAUCUGAUACAAGUAAUAAAUCUGUAACGAAGACAA